AUGACUGACUGGGGUUUUCUCAGUGAACUCUUUGGGUCCCUACAAGCGCACUCACCCAUGCUAGGUCGACUGUGGCUGCUUCUCAUGCUGAUCUUCAGGAUGCUUAUCCUCGGUACUGUGGCCAGCGACAUGUUCAGCGAUGAGCAAGAGGAGUUUUCUUGCAACACGUUGCAGCCAGGAUGCAAGCAAGUUUGCUAUGAUCAAGCCUUUCCUAUCUCCCAGUAUCGCUUCUGGGUCUUCCACAUUGUGCUCAUAUCCACCCCAGCUCUGGUGUUCCUCAUGUAUGCCAUGCACCACAACAAGAAGCACCAGGUCCCUGCAAAAGACUCCACCAUCAGCAUUUUGCAAGCAGACCAGGACCUCCACAUCAAGCGCCUCUACCUUGUUAAUGUGGCCUUCAGGACGUUAUCUGAAGUGGCUUUCCUGAUCGGACAAUGGAAGCUGUACGGCUUUCGUGUGGAGGCUCAGUUUCCCUGCAGUCACUUCCCUUGUCCUCACACCGUGGACUGUUUCACCUCCAGACCUAUGGAGAAAACAGUCUUCCUGCUCUUCUACUUUGCCAUCGGAAUCCUAUCGGUUGUCUCCAGCCUGGCUGAAUUCAUUCACAUCAUCUUCAAGUGGUUCACAAAGAGCAGUGAAGGAUUACAGUCCUUGGUUCUGGAGGAUACAAAAAUUCAGGAAGAGUCCAAAAAGACGCAUUCGACACAAGAUGACAGGAAAACCAAGGCAGGUGUAGAGAAGCCUGGCAGGUCCAGGGAAGUGCCACGGGUUCCUGCAAGGACCGGUAGGACAAAAACCAACGCUGGCACAAGGAAAUCCAGUAUCAGACGAAAGAGCCUUGGAGAACAUCACUGUCAGAAAGGUGCUGAACUGAUAGUGUGAGAAACAAAAUUUUCUAAUGUUGU